AUGUCGCAACUCGAAAACGGCCAUACGAAUGGCUUUGGAAACUCGGCCUUCAGUACCGAAACGGUACCUUCAGCCUCUCGGUUCUCUGACAUCCCCUCAGCCAUCGACAUCCCUGCGUCGACAUUCGACAGUGAGGUCGAAGUCAGUCUCGAAGAACUCCCCGAUGACCCAACAGAGCUGUGCACACUGCUAGAGAACGAGAAGGCCGCAAAAAAUUUUUGGGUGAUCAUUUCCUUGGCAUAUGCGAAACAAAACCAGCUUGACCAUGCGAUCGAAAUUCUGCAAAAGGGUUUGGCGUCUGUCGCUCAUGGAGCAACGAAAGAGAAGCUAGGGCUUUUGAACUGGCUGUGCUGGUUGUUGAUGAUUAAGAGUCGUCAAGCGCCCCGCGUUGCUCCAGAUGGCGACAACUCAGAUGUGAAGAUCAAGGAUUAUUAUCUGCAACAGGCGACGUCGACUCUCAACGAGGCAUCUCGUCUCAAUCCUGCCUACACGCCACUCUUCCUGGCGCGUGGUGUCCUGUCACUUCUUCGGGCAUCCCUCUACCCUCCGCGACCUGUUAGAACCGGAAUUCCUGAUACAUCCGAUAGAGUCGAGAGCUUACGCCAGGCUUUGAAGUGUUUUGAGGAAGCAUCGAAAGCUUCUGGUGGCAGAAAUGUGAUGGCUCAUCUGGGUCUAGCUAGAGCGCAGUAUUCUCUGGGAAACUAUGCCGAUGCGCUGAUAGUCUACCAGACUGUCCUCACCAGAAUGCCGGGUCUGACUGAUCCUGAUCCACGAAUUGGUAUCGGAUGCUGUCUUUGGCAACUAGGCUUUAAAGAACGAGCAAAAGACGCAUGGGAACGGGCACUGUCUUUGAACCCCAAAUCAAAGGUUGCCACUAUCCUAGUCGGAACGUACUACCUGUACAGCAGCUCCCAACGUCCCACAAGCGAUCCACAGUUCGGAGAGUUAUACAGAACCUCCAUGACGCAUACACAGAGCUCUCUCAAGCUCGACAAGGACUAUCCAAUGGCAUGUGCCAGGUUUGCAGGAUACAAAUUGAUCCGCAAAGACUACAAAGCGGUGGAAGUUUUGGCUCGCAAAGCUAUUGAACAGACCGACGUCGUGUCUAUCGCUAGUGAAGGCUGGUAUCUCCUAGGCCGAAAGGCGCAUUACGAGGGCGACACGGCGAAAGCUUCUGAGUAUUUCAAUCGGUCUGAUCAAGCUCGUGGUGGUGGUGAUAGUGGAUAUCUACCCGCCAAGUUUGGUGUCGUCCAGAUGCAGGUCAAAUCCAAGGACCUGGAUGGAGCAAAGUUUCGACUGGAGAAGAUUAUACAGCAGACGAAGAACCCGGAAUGUAUGGCAUUAUUGGGCGCUCUGCUAGCAGAAGAUGUCUUCUCUGCUCAGGCUAGCGGUAGCAAGGAUGACAAAACUGCCGAUACCACAAAAGCCAUCUCUCUUCUCGAGAACGUCCGCAGUCUUUGGAAGGACCCGACGAAGAACAUUCCAGCUGACGAAUCUGUGCUGAUUUAUCUUUCCCGCUUAUACGAGAGCACUUCGCCAGACAAGAGCAUGCAGUGUCUCACCCAACUUGAAGAAAUUCAGAUGGAUCAGAUUCCUGACCAAGAUAGGCCUGACGCGACGCUGCAGAAUGGAGAACUCAAGGCUGCACUUCGGGAGUAUUUGCCGCCGCAACUUUUGAACAACAUUGGCUGUUUCCUCUACCAGUCAGGCAAAGUAGCGCAAGCAAGAGAGCUGUUCCAGGCUGCCUUGACGGCUUGUGACAAGUCCGAGGAGUUGGAGGGUGAAAAGGCCACCGACGCGCUUCUUACAACGGUCAGAUACAACUUUGCUCGUUCCCUGGAAGCCCUCGAUCUGCCAGACGAGGCCAAGAAAGUGUAUGAGAGUCUUCUUCAGCGACAUAGCGAUUAUACCGAAGCUAGUGCCAGAAUGACCUAUAUUGCGCUUCGUCAGAGUCCGACAGAUGAAGGACCUAAGGAGAUGGCCAAAUUGUACGAAAGCGACUCAACGAAUCUUGAGGUUCGCGCGCUGUUUGGCUGGUACCUCAGCAAGUCCAAGAAGCGAGUUGCCAAUCUGGCAGAGGACCACGAACAACGGCACUACAAGCAUACAUUGCAGCAUUUUGACAAGCAUGAUAGAUACGCUUUGACUGGGAUGGGCAAUGUGCACCUUUUGACAGCUCGUGACAUGCGACGUGAGACCGACGCCGACAAGGAAAAGAGACGGAAGAUGUACGAGCGCGCUGUAGAGUUCUUUGACAAAGCUCUGCAAUUAGAUCCUCAGAAUGCUUACGCAGCCCAAGGAAUUGCAAUUGCUCUUGUGGACGAUCGUAAAGACUUUACGGGCGCUGUUCAGAUUUUCUCAAAGAUCCGUGACACCAUCAAAGACGCUAGUGUGUAUCUAAACUUGGGUCAUGCCUAUGCGGAAUUGAAACAGUUUUCGCGAUCAAUUGAGUGCUAUGAAAUGGCGUUAUCGAAAGAUCGAGCUCGCGAUGCGCAAAUCUUAGCAUGCCUUGGACGAGUUUGGUGGUUGAGAGGGAAACAUGAAAAGAAUCUGACAGCCAUGAAGACUGCUUUGGAUUAUGCGAAUCGUGCGUUGGAAGUUGCGCCGGAACAGGCACAUCUUGAGUUCAACGUCGCGUUUGUCCAGAAUCAGAUUGCACUUCUCGUGAAUAGCCUACCAGAAGCCCAAAGGACGGUACAAGAUCUGCAGGAAGCGGCCGAAGGUCUUGAGAAGGCAAUUGAAACGUUCACACGCAUUGCUCAGGUCAAGGCACCGCCAUAUCCUCGCGAGUCUUUGGAGCAGCGAGCGAACAUGGGCCGGAAUACGAUCAGCAAGCAGCUCGAGCGAUCCAUCCAGAACCAAAAGGAGUAUGAGGAGAAGAACGCUCUCAAAUUGCAACAAGCCCGCGCUGCUCGUGACGCCGAAUUGAAACGUCGUGAAGAAGAAGUCCAAAAGGCGAGGGAACUUGAAUUGGAGAAGAAACGCCAACUAGCAGAACAGCGGCAACGUAUCAUUGAAGAAACGCAGCGACUAGCAGCAAAGAGAGCGGAGGAACAGAGAGCUCGCGAGGCAGUUGAGUUUAGUACAGAUAGUGAAACGGGUGAGCGACAGAAACGCAAGAAGAAAGCUCCGUCCGGCAGCAGAAGAAGGAAGCGCCGCGAUGAGGACGAUGGCGUCGUUUCUGAUGGUCGAAGUAUCAGUGUAGCUCGCUCCGAUGAUGACGGGACAACGCCAGCACCCAAAAGACGAAGACGAUUGGAACGUCGAGGAGGCGCUAAGGAGAAACCCGGCAAAUACAAGAGUAGCGAGUUGGUGGUUGACUCGGAUGACGAAUUGGACGAAGAUGCUGCUCCUCCUGCAGCUGCCGAUGAAGAUUUGUUCGGCGAUGACGAUAAUGAAGUUGCCGAAGAGGAAGCAACUCCAGCCGCCGGGGGGAGAGGCGGACGUGCUCGACGCGGCAAGCGGGUUCUCGACGACAGCGAUGAAGAUGACGAGCCUGCUGCUGUUUCCAGAGAGGUGGAAGAUGAGGAGAUGCAGGAUGCCGACGACGAAUAG